AUACCUCCUCUUGGACUCUCUUUACCCGCCAUGGAAGUCUCUUCAUCACUGGCCAUCCCUGCAUGGCUUCCGUCCUCUCCAUACCCUUCCAAAGAGAACUCCUUGCUUCCUUCACCUCUCGCCCGAAGUACCAGUCUCCUUUUGCUCUCAAAUCUCACUCCUUUAGUCACUUCCUCACGCUCUCACCCCUCGGUCGCACGAUCGUCGAUGAUUUCUCCAAGAUCUCCGCGGCCAGGACCCCCGCGACCAACGUCGAUGAGAGAAUUGCCCUCGGAGUACAGACCCAUGACAGGCGAGCCAAGCAUCAGAGAACCCAGGGAGACGAAAGGGUUGGCAGAAAUGGUGGGCGAGAUGAGGGUGGAACAGCGAGUGAGGUAAAGAAUGUUGAGCUUGGCGUCGCCAAACAGAGGCCGGCUUUUCAGAGGUCCAGAGGCGAAGGCACGGCUCGGAAGUCAAAAAAGAUGACACCUUGGGUGAGAAGAGACAAGGAAACGGAGGAAGAGAGAAGGAUGAAGAAGAAGAGUAAGAAACCCAAGCUUCGCGAAGAUGAAAUCGAUCUUAGAGUGAAGCUGGAUAUGUGCUCGAAGACGGGGGAUGUGAUGGGCGCCAUUGCCCUAUAUGACUCCGCCGUGAAAGAAGGUAUCAAGCUGAAGCAGUACCACUACAACGUGCUGCUCUAUUUGUGUUCUGCUGCGGCCAUCGGGGUCAUUCACCCAGCAAAAAGUGGUUCUUCUGGUUCCAAUCCACAUUACUCGAGCGACGAGUCUUCGUCGAAGCACUCGGCCGAAGCAGGUGAAGAAGAUGGGGAAUUGGUCCACGAGGAGAACGCCCAACAUACUUCCGAGUCGAAUGGAGCCCUAAUUAAAGAUGCAAGCCAAGGAGCCCGGAAAGAUGGAGUUCCAAUUCAAGUCAGCGAAGACAUCAGAGACUACGCUCGAACCAGGGGACUGGAGAUAUACGAAAAGAUGUGCUUGGAGAAGAUUCCGAUGAGCGAGGCAGCUCUAACAUCGGUGGCCCGAGUAGCAAUGUCAAUGGGCAACGGAGAUAUGGCCUUUGAGAUUGUAAAGCAAAUGAAGCCUCUGGGCGUGACUCCAAAGUUGCGCUCCUAUGGUCCUGCAUUGCUGACCUUCUGCAACGAUGGCGACGUCGACAAAGCUUUCGAGGUCGAAGCACACAUGUCGCAGAACGGCGUCCACCCCGAAGAGCCUGAGCUGGAGGCACUCAUGAGAGCUAGCGUUGCAGCUCGUAGAGGAGAAAAGGUUUACUAUCUACUGCACAAGCUUAGAACCAAUGUUAGGCAGGUGUCUCCAUCUACAGCAGCAGUACUCGAGGCUUGGUUUAGGAGCGCAGCUGCAUCUAGGCUGGGGAAAAGGAAAUGGGAUGUGCAGGCGGUGGCAGAAGCCAUUGAGAAUGGUGGAGGGGGAUGGCAUGGGCAGGGAUGGCUGGGCAAAGGAAAGUGGAAUGUGUCGCAUACUGGUGUUAGCACAGACGGCGUUUGCAUGGCUUGUGGUGACAAAUUGGUGACCAUGGACCUUGAUCCAAUCGAGACAGAAAACUUUGCCAACUCUGUAGCAUCACUGGCCAACAAAAGAGAAAGGAACUCAAAUUUUCACAAGUUUCAAAAAUGGUUAGAUUAUUAUGGUCCAUUUGAAGCUGUCGUUGAUGCUGCAAAUAUUGGUCUUUUUAGUCAGCGGCGGUUCUCCAUUAAUAAGGUCAAUGCAGUUGUUAAUGCCAUACGGCAGAAGCUUCCCAUGAAGAGAUGGCCACUGAUCAUCGUACAUAACAAACGCCUCACCGGAGGCAAGAUGAAUGCGCCUCUCAACAUGAAGCUUUUAGAGAAAUGGAAAUAUGCAGAUGCUAUUUAUGAGACCCCUACCGGAUCUAAUGAUGAUUGGUACUGGUUAUAUGCAGCUAUAAAAUGUAAAUGCUUAAUCGUGACGAAUGAUGAGAUGAGAGACCAUAUAUUCCAGGUUUUAGGGAAUGAUUUCUUCCCCAGAUGGAAAGAAAGGCAUCAGGUACAUUUCAGUUUUCACGAAGGAAGCUUUGAGUUUGAUAUGCCACCUCCGUGUUCCAUUGUUAUUCAGGAAAAUGAGAGAGGCCAUUGGCAUAUUCCCAUCUCAACCGUCCAAGAGCAGGAGAGGGAACGAACCUGGUUGUGUGUAACACGUGCCCACAAGGCGAUAGAAGAAUCAUCAAAUCCUCCUAGAGAAUCAUGUGUUCCGAACACAAGUAGCAAUCCUGCUGCUUCAUAUGUUGAAGCAAAGAAUUGUGUCGCAUCCAAAGAACACUCAAAGAAGACAUCUAGAAGUUCCCUCAGAUGUAAAGUUGACUGCAAAGCUAACGAAUUGCAUACAGUCAUCUCUGACAUCGAAGCUGCGGAGAAGCUACAUAACUGUGUAAUUGAUUUCCAAAUUUAAGGAGAAGCAAGCGAUCCUAGCCUCCACACUACUUAAAGGUUUUCAAUACCAUAUGCCAGCGGCAAUUUGCUGCUUCAGCCAAGUGCUAAUUAGUGAUUCUUGUUUGUAUGUUGAUGCCAAUUUUGUCCUCUAAAGAUGUCUAUGUGCCGGGUCCAUAAUAUUCAUAUGUUUCCAGUGAUCUUUUCUUCCCUCUUUUCUUACCUUCAAUAUGAAGCCCAUGCUGGUCGGUUAAGUUUCCCUCA